GCUUUGUUUUUAUUUGAGUUGGAUUAAUCUAGUUCUAGCCAUGUUUUAGUUUAGUUUCUUCUAAAAACUUAAAACAAUGGAUCAAGGGUCUUAUCCAAAGGAUAUAAUUGAUUGCGAGAAUUUGAUUUUAAGCAAAAUAAGGCAAAUAAACGAAUUAAAAGAUGAUAUUUUCAAGUUGAAACAAACUUUGUUAUUUAAAAAACAAACAUUUAUUAAAAAGCAAAUAUCAGAACAUAAUUAUCCAAACCGUGAACUCUCAAAUGAUGAAAUUCAGCUCUAUAGUAGGCAAAUGAUUAUUCCAGAAAUUGGAAUUUUGGGGCAAUUAUCGAUAAAAAAGUCAUCAAUACUUGUGGUUGGUGCUGGAGGGUUAGGAUGCCCCUCUUUAAACUAUUUGUGCAGAGGUGGAGUGGAAACAUUUGGCAUUGUUGAUUAUGAUACUGUGGAUAUGAAUAAUAUACACAGGCAAACUUUGUACGAACCAAAUGAUAUCGGAAUUUCAAAGGUUGAAAUAUCCAAGAGAAAAAUACUUGAAAUAAAUCCUUUAUGCAAAGUCGUAACCUAUCACUGUCAGUUGCAUAGUAAUAAUGCCGUAAACAUAAUAGAAAAGUACGAUAUAGUUUUGGAUUGCACUGACAAUGUUGCCACGAGAUAUCUUUUAAAUGAUGCAUGCGUUUUACUGAAAAAGCCUCUUGUGUCAGCAAGUGCAUUAAAGUUAGAAGGUCAGCUGACAGUUUAUAAUUAUAAAGAAGGACCAUGCUAUCGAUGUCUUUUUCCCAAACCACCUCCACCAGAAACGGUUACAAAUUGUUCAGAUGGUGGGAUUUUAGGAUGUGUGACGGGUAUAAUGGGUUCUUUACAAGCUUUAGAAGCCUUUAAAAUAAUUCUAAAUUUUUCGGACAUACUGAGUGGACGUUUAUUACUUUUCGACGCAAGUACAUCCACAUCUAGAAAUGUGAAAUUGCGUGGUAAAAAUCCUAAAUGUUCAGUUUGUUCAAAAUGUCCAGAAAUUAUUGACCUAAUUGAUUAUGAACAAUUUUGCGGAAUGAAAGCAUCAGAUAAAGAUUAUGCUUUGAAUGUGUUAGAUCACCAAGAAAGAAUGACGGUUGAACAAUAUAAAAGUGACUUUGUUGAUACGAAAAAAGAUCAUCUACUCAUUGAUGUACGUAGUCCUAUUGAAUAUGAAUUUUGCAAAAUUCCAAAUUCCAUGAACAUCCCUUUGAAAUAUAUUUUGGAAGAUAAAUUUUUAGAGCUUAUAAAGACUUACGCCAAUGCCGGUUCCGAUGUUAUAAUAGUAUGUCGACGAGGAAAUGAUUCCCAACUUGCUGUUAGACAUCUUAGUGAAAAACUUAGAACUUUAGCAUUUCCAAAAGAUAUAAUAGGUGGUCUCUACGCUUGGCAACAUAAAGUUGAUAAAACAUUUCCAAUUUACUGAAAUAAACUGAAACUGUUUUUGCCUUUAUUUUCUGAUAAUUCUACAUAAAAUCAUUUUCUAUAUAUGUAUAAUCUAAUAAUACUGUUAACGUAGUUUAAGUUCAAACAGCACUGUUGAUUUAUGCAUGUAUUAAGUUUGUUUUUUUAUUAACAUGAAAGGGGAAAAAAUGAGAGGAUUUGAAUAUUAAGGACAUAUUUUGUUGAAAGGUCA